AUGGGAGUUUGUGAUUUUUUUUUUUUAAAUGAAAAAGGACAAAAAGAAUUUGUUACUCCUAUUUUAGAUGGACUCAUUCUACCCAGAAUUAUCAGAGACUCUAUUUAUUUUAUUUCUAGGAAAUAACUAGAGUAAUGGGUUAAUUUAAAGUAAUUGAAAAAAAAGUUAUAUAUUCAAGAAAUUAUCGAAUCUAUUGAAUCAAGAAGACAAAAUUUUCAGUUAUUUCUUUAUUUUGGUUUACAAAUUUUUAAUUAGGUUUCGAAUGCCAGGUGGUCGUGUAGUUCUAAUUUUAAUUUUUUAGUAAAUAGAAACCAAUUUGUUGCUGUACUUAGAAAACAUCAAACCAAUAUAUUAAUGUUUUUUAAUUACGAAUUUAUAAGGUGUCAAUAUCAAACAAAACUGUAUACUUAUCUAUUUUACUCAAUAUCAGUUGA